AUGGGGCAACAGCAGGAGCUCGAGUCCACAGCCCUCGCCUCCAGCCAGGUCAACCUCGAAAAGCCGGCGUCUGGCGCAGACGAGUCUGUCCAACCGGACAAGGGCAAGGCCGACGGAAAAGAAGAUGGCUCUGGAAACGCGUACUGGCGGAUCUUCUCGUACGCUGGCAGACUCGAGUACACCUUCUUCGCCAUAUCCAUCGUCGCAGCCAUCGCAUCCGGGGCUGGAAUCGCGCUCCAGAACCUCAUAUUUGGGCGCUUCGUGACCAUCAUCACCGACUAUGCCUCCCAAAAGUCGUCGGCAGCGGACUUUCGCGGCGAGGCCGCUGAACUUGCCUUGUAUUUUGUCUACCUCGGCAUCGGAAGGUUCGUCCUCGCAUACCUGUACAACGUCCUCCUCAACUACAACGCCUACCGCAUCGUGCGCAACAUCCGCCACGCCUACCUCCGCUCCGCCCUCCGCCAAGAAGCCGCCUACUAUGACCUCGGACAGGGCGGCUCCAUCGCCACGCAGGCCGCCUCGAGCGGGCGCCUGAUCCAGGGCGGCAUCGCGGAGAAACUUGGCCUGACGUUCCAGGGCCUGUCGGCCUUUAUCACCGCCUUUGCCGUCGCCUUUGCCACAAACUGGAAGCUGACGCUCAUCACGCUGUGCAUCGCGCCGGCGACCAUCAUCGUCAUGGCCAUUACGGGCACAAUCGAGGCUGGCCACGAGACCAAGAUCUUGGAGAUUUACGCCCAGGCUAAUGCGUUUGCCGAGGGCGUCCUGUCCAGUGCGCGGACUGUGCACGCUUUUGGCAUGCGCGCGAGGCUCGUGGCCAGGUUCGACAGAUACUUGACCGAGGCGCAUACAGUGGGCAGCAAAAUCUCGCUGUUGUUUGGCAUACUGUUCUCGGCCGAGUACACCAUCAUCUAUCUGGGCUUUGGUCUCGCCUUUUGGCAAGGCAUUCAUAUGCUUGCUCGAGGCGACAUUGGGUCGCCAGGAGAGAUCUUUACGGUCUUGCUCUCCGUCGUCAUCGGCGCCAUCAGCUUGACCUUGCUUGCUCCAUACUCGAUCGAGUUUGCGAGGGCUGCUUCCGCUGCCGCCCAGCUGUUCAGCUUGAUAGACCGGAAAUCCGCCAUCGACCCUCUGGACCCAUCUGGCGAGCAACCCGCCGAGACAAUCGGCGAGCUGGAGCUUGAGGAUGUCAGCUUUGCGUAUCCCUCGCGCCCAAACACGACUGUUCUCGAUGGGUUUUCUCUCAAGGUCCCGGCAGGCAAAGUGACUGCUCUUGUAGGUCAUAGCGGCUCGGGUAAGAGUACCAUUGUCGGACUCAUCGAACGAUGGUACGAGCCAACCUCGGGCACCAUCAAACUAGACGGCCGCCCGAUCGAGACCCUGAAUCUCAACUGGCUGAGGAAGCAUGUGCGCCUGGUGCAACAGGAACCUAUCUUAUUCCGCGGCUCUGUGUUCGACAACAUCGCCCAUGGCCUAGUCGGCACAAAAUGGGAGAGUGCCGCCAGGGACGAACAAAUGGCCCUCGUCGUCGAGGCCGCCAAGACGGCCUACGCUCACGACUUCAUCACCGAGCUGCCCAACGGCUACGAUACCGAGAUCGGCCAGCGCGGCGGCCUCCUCUCGGGCGGGCAGAAGCAGCGCGUUGCCAUCGCCCGCAGUGUCGUCUCGCAGCCUAAAGUCUUGCUCCUCGAUGAGGCCACCAGCGCGCUCGAUCCGCACGCCGAGGGCAUCGUGCAGCAGGCGCUGGACCGGGCCGCCGAGGGGCGCACCACCAUCGUCAUCGCGCACAAGCUCGCGACCAUCAAGAAGGCGCACAACAUCGUCGUCAUGAGUAAGGGGCGCAUCGUCGAGCAGGGCGCGCACGCGGACCUCGUGGCAAGGGAUGGCGUGUAUGCGCAGCUCGUGCGCGUGCAGAACUUGCUCGUCUCGGCGGCGAAAGCGUCGGGCGUGGAAGAGGAGAGCGACGAGGACGACGCGGCGCGGCUUGCCCACGGCGAGGGAGAUGAUAAGGCGGCGCUGACGAGAACGCUCACGCGGUAUGCGACGGCCGAGCGGGAGCGCAUGCAGACGCAGAAAGACCGCGAUGACUAUGAGCGCCACAGCCAUCUCGGACUCUUGUCUGUCGUUGUGCGCCUGAUCCGGGACGCUCCCGAGCUGCGUGGGGCUUAUAUAUUUGUCUUGCUCGCAUGCCUCGGAUCGUGCGCUGCCAUCCCUGGCCAGGCUAUCCUGCUGGCCAACAUGACUGACGUCUUCACCCUGACUGGCGCCGCAAUGGUUGACAAAGGCAACUUCUUCGCCGCCAUGUUCAUCGUCCUCGCGGCGGGGUGCUUCAUAUGUUACUUUACAAUGGGCUACUCGACCAACACGGUCGCCCAAACCCUCUCCCACAAGUUCCGCAAACAGAGCCUCAACGACAUGCUCCGGCAAGACCUCCAAUUCUUCGACCGGCCCGAGAACAACACCGGCGCGCUGGCCAGCCGCCUGGACGAGAACCCGCAGGCGAUCCUCGAGCUCAUGGGCUUCAACGUGGCGCUCAUCUUCAUCUCGGCGCUCAACGUCCUGGCUUGCAGCGUGCUCGGUAUCGCGCACAGCUGGAAGCUCGGUCUGGUGGUGGUGCUGGCGGGCCUGCCGCCCAUGCUGGCCGCCGGGUGGCUCAAGAUCCGCUUCGACGUGCGGCUCGACCGCGACGUGGCGGCGCGGCACGCCGAGAGCUCGGCCAUCGCGUCGGAGGCGGUGACGGCGAUUCGCACCGUCUCGUCGCUGGCGAUUGAGGAGUCGGUGCUGAGGCGGUAUACGGAGGAGUUGGAUGGCGCGGUGAGGGGGUCGGUGAGGCCGCUGUUUGCGAUGAUGGUGUGGUUUGCCUUGACGCAGUCGCUCGAGUAUGGGUUCCUGGCGUUGGGCUUCUGGUACGGCUGUCGCCUGGUGUCGUUCAACGAAAUCACCAUGUACCAGUUCUUCGUCACCUUCAUGGGCGUCUUCUUCUCCGGGCAGGCCACCGCUCAGAUUUUCCAGUUCUCGACCAGCAUGACCAAGGGCAAGAACGCCGCCAACUACAUCUUCUGGCUCCACGGGCUCCAGCCGACCGUUCAAGAAACCCCCGAGAACCGCGACAACGAGCCCGGGGCGGACGGCUCCAUCGACCUGGAGCACGUGCGGUUCUCGUAUCCGCUACGUCCCGAUGCGACGGUCCUCAAAGGAGUCGACUUAGAGAUCAAGAACGGCCAGUUCGUCGCCCUUGUUGGCGCCUCCGGCUGCGGCAAGUCCACCAUGGUCGCCAUGCUGGAGCGCUUCUACGACCCCUCGACGGGCGUCAUCCGCAUCGCCGGCGACCCCCUCCCCGAGCUCAACCCGCGGCUCUACCGACGCGACGUCUCGCUCGUCCAGCAGGAGCCGACGCUCUUCCAGGGCUCCAUCCGGGAGAACAUAGCCCUCGGCGUCGACGACCCCUCGUCUUCUUCUUCUUCUUCUUCUUCCUCCUCCCCCUCUACAAGCACCAACACCAACACCGUCGUCGACGACACCGCCAUCGAAGCCGCCCUCCGCGCCGCCAACGCAUGGGACUUCGUCGCCUCCCUCCCCGACGGGCUCGCCACCGCGGCGGGCCCCAACGGCACGCAGCUCUCGGGCGGCCAGCGGCAGCGCAUCGCCAUCGCGCGCGCCCUCAUCCGCGACCCGCGCGUCCUGCUGCUCGACGAGGCCACCAGCGCGCUCGACACGGAGAGCGAGAAGAUUGUGCAGAGCGCGCUGGCCGAGGCCGCCAAAAAGGGCGAUCGCGUCACCGUCGCUGUCGCGCACCGCCUGUCUACGAUCAAGGACGCCGACGUGAUUUGCGUCUUUUACGGCGGUAGGAUCGUCGAGCAAGGGACGCACGCGGAGCUGAUUGCCCUGGGGGGCAUGUAUAGAAAGAUGUGCGAGGCGCAGAAUCUGGAUUGA